ACCCCAAGACGUCGCCGUCGUUCGGUUUCCAGUUCAUCAUCAACAACAACAUCCUCACAACACAACAACAACAACAACAACAACAACACUUCUCUCACUAGCCACUUCGCUACCACUCACCACUCUCUCACAUUUUCUAAACCCAAUACCACCACUACCACCACCACCACCCUGACUUUACAAUGGCCGUCACCGAGUUCACCGCACUCCCCAUCAAAGGCACUGAGGUCAGCGCCGAGUUCAAGGCCGCCCUCGAGGAGGGCCAGACCGUCCAGGACAAGUACGUCCUGGGCCUGGACCCCUCGCUCCCCGCCGACCGCACUGCCCGCGGCACCGGCAUCUUCCAGCAGGUCGAGGACCCCUCCAACAUCCUCCUGGUCUCCCAGUGGCCUUCGGUCGAGAAGCACUUCGAGUGGGCUGGCACCCCGGACAACCAGGGCGUCCAGGCCAAGACGGCCGAGUUCUUCAACAUCACCGACCCCAAGCAAGUGUCCAACAUCCACGUCGAUGCCGAGAUCUUCACUAAGGUCAACGCCGACCAGAAGACCGCCAUCUCCGCCCCCAUCCUGAGCGUCGGCCGCCUCGGCAUCCCCGCCGACAAGAAGGCCGACUUCCAGGCCGCCUUCGACCGCGUCCGCCCCGUCGUCGAGGCCGUCUCCGGCACCUACCCGCUCCAGGGCGGCUGGAAGAUCGAGAACGGCGGCGACGAGUUCAUCAUCGCCGGCGGCUGGGACUCCAUCGAGCAGCACGGCUCCAUCGCCUCCAACCCCAACUGGAAGGAGCUCGAGGCCUUUGUCACCUCUUGGAACUUCGCCCACUACAAGCGCGUCCUGUAAAAGAUGCAAACUGUGUGCAUCUCCCUCCCCGGGUGGGAAGCGAGAAACGACGGGGUCGUCGCCUCUCUGUAUGAUGGAUGAUGGUUCCUAGAUGGAUAGAUUUGUUUUGGUCCGGGCUUUUUUCCCUAGCGUCAUCAUUCUAGAUUAGCAUGUUCAGCCUCUCUGAUCUUUAUGGAAAGACACUGAUUUUUCAGACUUUGCAACGACCCAACUUUUGUCCUUGCUCUCCCACCGUGAACAAGUACGAGGCGAAAGUAGUCGUCGAGAAAACUCGCAUGCAAAAUGGUGAACCGAGCUCUCUCCCUUCGUCUUUUAGUAAUUUUUUUCUUCUUCCAUUGUUGUUGGCAUCAUUGACCGACGGUUGGAUCGCCGCCCAUCAGGCUCGAAUGAAAAGACUUCCGAGUCCGCGAGCAUCAAUCCGUCCCUA